CAGAUAAUAAAGAAAAAAACCAUCAACAAACCGGCAUUUCCUCUGCAAGAACUAGCCCACAGUUGGUGCUUUACCCAUAUCCUUAUAUCCCUCUUUUCAUCUUCAAAAUCACUGUGUGUUCUGUGUGAAAAUUUCACUUUUUGCCUACACAAGCAAGAGUAGAAAGGAGUGAGGAAUUUGAUUGUGAAUUAGUUUCUGUAAUGGAUUACUGCAGCAUUGAAUCAAAAGCAUUGAAAUCGAGUUUCCUCUCACGAAUGGAAAUGAAAACGAAUUCACAAGUGCUUCUUAAUGAUGAUGGGUGGUGUCUCGCCGGAAUUAACGGCGGCCCUGGUGACGAUUUUCCCGUUGAGGAACUUCUUAAUCUUGAUUUUCAACCAGAAGAGCCGUUUUUUCAAGAAGAAGAAGUUUCUGUUUCAAAGCUUUCUUCUCAACACAGUCACUCCAAUUCCUUGUCCCAUUUUUCCGGCGCUGCCGAGUUUGAUAAUCUCCUCGCCGGCGAACUUUCAGUUCCGGUUGAAGAAUCAGAGAACCUAGAGUGGUUAUCUCAAUUCGUGGACGACUCUAUAUCAGGGCAUUCUUUCUUAUGUCCCGCUGGGAGUUUAAGAGAGAAAACCAGAGAAAUGCUUGACCAGGAAACGAAGGCUCCAUGGUUUCCGGUGACGGUUCCGGGAAAAACUAGGAGCAAACGGUCCAGAACAAAUGGUAGAGCUUGGCCUCUGACGUCACCGUCGGUAAGUAUAACAUCUUCAUCUUUUGGCCAUUCAGCAGACCCGGUUCAGGACACAGACAGAGACAGUUUUUCCAGCGUUGAAAACCCGCCGACGAAGAAGCGGAAGAUAAAACCGGCUGCUGAAACUUGUUCAUUCUCUCAGACGGUUCGUCGGUGUACACAUUGUCAUGUUCAGAAGACCCCACAAUGGCGAGCCGGACCGUUGGGUCCGAAAACAUUAUGCAACGCUUGUGGUGUUAGGUAUAAGUCCGGCCGGCUUUUACCCGAGUACAGACCGGCUUGUAGUCCCACCUUCUCUCGAGAUAUUCACUCGAAUAGCCACCGGAAAGUUUUGCAAAUGCGGCAGAAGAAAGAGAUAUCCGACCUUGUCGAACCGGGUUUGACUCCAAUGGUUACUAGUUUCUGAGUUCUAGAGACGGUUUAAUUGUGAACCGGUGACUCCAAAACCGGUCCAGUAGGAAGAUCAUAAGGCAUUUUAGCGGAAUUUAGGGAGGUUACAAUUUCGGUUUCAUUUUCAAAUUCUUUUAUUUUUUAUUUAUGCCAAAUUUUAAAUUCUUUUUAUUGUAAAUUGUAAUGGAAUGGUUAUAGAUUAUGGAGUUUUAGCGUUCAUAAUUCAUUUCAAUUUUAUA